GCGACGCGCUGAGCUACCACUCGGGCAGCGUCUUCUCGACCCGGGACCGGGACCCGAACCGGCUGCUGAUCCCUUGCGCGGUGUCCUACCGCGGGGCCUGGUGGUACCACAACUGCCACUACGCCAACCUCAACGGGCUCUACGGCAGCCGCCGGGACCACCAGGGCGUGAACUGGUUUAACUGGAAAGGCUUCGAGUUCUCCAUCCCCUUCACCGAGAUGAAGCUGCGGCCGCGGCGGGGCUGAGGCGGACGGAUAGACAGACAGACGCGAGAGGGAGAGAGAGCGAGCGAGACCGCAGCACUGCCGGGCGCCACCAGGGGGAGCCGGGGUGUCACGAGGAGACCCCCCCACGGGGCCCUUCCACCCACCCCUCCCCCCAUGACACCCCCCUUCC